UGCACCGGAACUGAUCAGUUGUACCUUGCGCGGUUCUUCUUUUCUUCUCUCUCUCUCUUUCUGUGUAAUCCUGAUCGCAAUCGGGAAUUAUGGUUCGAUCUGACAUGAUCUCCGGCCACCCGUCUUGGAAAUGCCAUCACUUGGAUUCCCCAGUAUCUAUAAUCCCAGGACCGAAAAUUCUUUCACGGCAGGUACGGGUACUAGUGUUGCUAGAAUGGAAGAACACGUCGAAACUCAACCUUCGCCUAUGGUCGACAUUGUCCAUGCCCCAUGUUCACCGGACGUUUCCAAUCCAAAUGAUUACCUAUUCAGGCUUUCUGAAAUUUCACCGCAGAAGUAUCACACGCAAGCUAGCGCCUCCCCCGGUCAUUUAUCCACAGGAAGGCGGGAGCUAUCGCCCAUGAGGCCGGCGAGGAAGCGCCCGGCCACCGAGGAAGAUGUUACUUCCCAACAGCCAAGUGGCAGCAAAAAGUUCAAGGGGAGACCGUUGGCACAAAGCGCCGAGGCCAAGAGUGGCCCGUUUAUUUCGGCAGGGUCAUCCAGCCAAGCUCUUCGGCCAUCCACCCAGAAGAACCACACACAGCAUGUCCGUCGGGAUUCGCGGUGUCCGACGUCAAAUUUUCCAAGUGCGCGAACCAAGUAUAAACCCAGACAGAAUGCUCAGCGCAAGACGCCGUCGACAUCAAUGGCAUCAUCGUCCCUGCGCAGUCAGACGAUCAGCAAGGAGAAAGACAAAAAUGUCCAGGGACAGGAGGGGGUCUUAAUUGGUCCCUCGCUCGCAUCGCAAAGCCUAGCCUCAGGCAGUUCCCGGGACGCGGAACAUGUGGUCAGCAAGAAACCUGCGGCAGUUGUGGGGCUCGGGCGAUUAGGACCAUCUAGACCUGGUCUUGUGUCAUCCCUCGAGAAGACGAGCAUCACGUUACCACCUGCCAACUUAACAAAGCCUGUUGCGUUUACGUUUCAUGUGGACGCGCGCGUUGAAGCGCGUAAAGCUGAGUUUGAGAAGCUUGCAAGCUCGGCUAACGAGCAGGGUUAUAUGGAGAGGGGCUACCGACAAAGGCAUCCUGUGCCCGAUUUCAAGGUUUUACACGAGGCUCAUCAGGCGUCACUUGCAUGCCGUAAGGAACACAAAGUCCCGAUUGUUCCCGCACCACCGAUGGUCCUUAGCACGGAAAUUCGCGCCAGAGAGAGAGAGAAAUUCGACCAAAUGGUGCGGAUAAAGGAAGAGGAGAUUCAACGAGCAAAAGAGGAGCGCCGAAGACAACGAGAUGCGGAAGAAGAAAGGGAGAUCAGAGAGCUUCGCAAGCGAGCAAUUCCCAAGGCGAAUGAAAUUCCAGAGUGGUAUGCUGACAUGCCGAAGAAAGGAGGCAGUGUAGGAGGAUCAGGAUAGUGGAGGGGCGUCAUGAGAUGGUUGUCAAGUGAUGGAGAUCGAGAACAAAUGCGAAUCAUCACCCCUCCAAGUCCAUGGCUAUUUACUUGAGUCGUGAUCCCUC